AUGGAUAUCCUAUAUAAUUUGCAUUAUAAUUAUAGUAAAAUUAAAAACGGAAAUUUUGAUACAUGGAGAAAGAAAGAUGAAUGUGAGAAGUAUGCAAAAAAUUGCGUUGAGAAAAUUGAAGAAGCAAUAGAGAAAUAUCCUGAAAAAGAUGAUACAGAAUUUUACAAGGCAUUAAGAGAAUUUAGUCAUUUAUACACAUAUGAUCAAUAUAAUUCUGCAUCAUGCAGAAAUGUAAAAUUACCACCACUACCAAAAUUCAAUCCAUCAACAAUAAACUCACAGAAAGCUGAACAGGAUGGAAAAGAAAUUAAAGCUACUAAAAAGGAGGCUAAAAUGUAUGAAGCAGUAAAAACAUGUGACGAAAACCGUAACGAACUUGAGAUUCAUAUCCUAUUAAAAGACUUAAAUGUAUUAGACGAAUAUGAAGAACUCAAUAAAUCCGGAAUAUUAGAUUAUAAAAAAUACUGUAGUGACAUAUGUGAUUUAGAGAAAAAAUUUCCUGGAACAAAGGCUUUAUGUGUGAAAACUUCAAAAAAUUUAGAAGAUAUUUCUAAAAAGCAGAAACAAGAACGAAUUGAAGCAUGUGAGCAUUUUUACUAUUGGUUAUCUGAUCACAUAUGGAAUUUGUUUGGAAAAAAUAAUUAUUACAUUAAGGACAAUCCUGCAGUUCUUAAUUUUCUUAGCAUAGUAUAUCGUAUUAUGUAUCGUUUAAAUAUUCAUGAGUGUUUAUUUCAUUAUAAUCCCUAUGAUAGCAAAGAUAUUUUAAAGGAAAAGAAGCAUUUGUAUUAUUAUUUUAAAUAUUACCAAAAAAUUAAGAACUCUAUUACUACUAAUAAAUUAGUAGAGAAAUACAAUUUAUAUUGUGAAUAUCUUAAUUACAUAAGAAAUUUGUACGAGAAAUACGUUCCAAGUUGUUGCUCGUGCUUUUCUGAUCUCAAAGAAUGUUCUGAGUAUUGCAAAGAAUAUUUUACAUGUGAUAAAAGUUACUAUCCUUCAGAGUUACUUACUGAAUUAAGUUGCAACGGUGAAGAGCUCAUUAAAAGCGUAGAUGAAAUAUUUAAAAGUGUAACAAUAAACAGAAAAGAUUUAAUUAUUCGGCAAAGAAAAUUAACAGGUUAUUCCUUUGGAGAAAUUUUCAGCGAUCCCUUCUACAGUGUUGUGUUAUUGGGUUUUACGUUAAUGGGAAUACUUUGCACGUUUUUCGUCUUUUACAAGGUAUGCACUGCAUUAUAA